GGGGUCUCUACUCACGGGACUGGGUAGAAAGAUCCUUAGAGUUGAAGUCUAGGGAGGCUUAGUGCCUUCACUCACGCACCAUGACCUUGGGCAGACAACCUCUCCCGGCCUCGGUUUUGACAUCUGUAGAACCUGGGGAAAGCUGCAGCUCGCUGGGCAGCUGCACAGUGACCAGAGGGCUGACGUCCCCCAAGCACCUUCUCCGAAUGGCCAUGGGGACUGUCUGACCUUGGAGGGGGUCUGGGACGGGCACGUGUUCCAACCCCAGGCCUGGUGCCCUUCUAUGCUGUUGUGUGUUGGCCGCCUCCUCCUGGUCCGUUCAGUUCGGCAAGCUUCUCUGGUUCUCCCUGCUGCCGCGAGAACGCAAGACACAGGCACUCGCUGCCCCGAAGCAGAGGGAGGAAGGGUUGCCUGCGUGGGGCUUUUGAGCGGGGUUUUGAAGGAUGAGUAAGAGUUCGCCAGAAGCACCAGGCUUGGAGGAGGAUCCCAUUCUCAGACCAGUGGAGAAGCAAAUGUCACCCACUUCCCACAUCCCUUGAGUUGGUUCUCAGAUAUCCACCUUAGCUCCUCCCCAUGGCUGGGUAAGUUUGGGGGUGGGGAUUACAGGAGGAUUUCUUCCAUCGAACAUCAUUUUCGGUGCUGGAGGUGGAGGACAGGAGGGUCCAGAACACCGAGUCCACACUGAAAGCUGGCCCACUCAGGUACGACAGUCCUCCCACCCAAGGCUCAGAGAGCUGGCUAAAAGGAGUUGCCUUGGUGGCAGUCAGCUAGUGCUCAGUAACAAACCAACUCAACCCUCUUAUUUGGUCAUGAUUCCACGGGUCGGCGAGCACAGACGGGGCUCAGCUGGGCGGUUCUUCUGCUGGUCUCUCCAGGGUCACUCGUGCCGUGGCAGUCAGUCAGGGCUUGCGGGGCGAGCCGGGAGAGGACAGCCUUCCUCCCACAGGCUGCCUGUCAUUGGGCCUCUCAGUGCUUGAGGUCUCCCGUCCUCCUGUCCUGCCUCGGCUUGUCCAGCUGGCAGCGCGAGGGUCCCAAAAGAGGAAGCUGCAAAGUCUCUCGAGGCCGGGGCUUGGAACUCCCCCCACUUCCCCGCCACCACACUCCACUCGCCAGAGCAAGUCACAAGGCCAAGUCCAGAUGCAGAGGGUGGGGACAUAGACUCCAGUCUUUGAUGACAGAAACUGCAAGGUCACAUCACACACAGGACCAGAGGAGUUGGGCAUCUUUCCAAGGAGCAUACAGCACUUGGGAAGGCAAGGAGGCUUCCUGCAGCAAGAAAUAUUGUUACUGGGUUUUGAAGAUGGCGCGGCCGAUCCAGGUGAAGCCUGCGGACAGUGAAAGCCGCGGAGGUAGGGACCGGAAGCUGUUUGUGGGGAUGCUGAACAAGCAGCAGUCGGAAGAGGACGUGCUGCGGCUGUUCCAGCCCUUUGGGGUCAUCGACGAAUGCACCGUGCUCCGCGGGCCUGACGGCAGCAGCAAAGGCUGUGCCUUUGUGAAGUUCUCCUCCCACACCGAGGCCCAGGCGGCCAUCCACGCGCUGCACGGCAGCCAAACCAUGCCGGGUGCCUCCUCCAGCCUGGUGGUCAAGUUUGCCGACACGGACAAGGAGCGGACGCUCCGGCGCAUGCACCAGAUGGUGGGCCAGCUGGGCAUCCUGACGCCGUCCCUCACCCUGCCCUUCAGCCCCUACAGUGCCUACGCCCAGGCUCUCAUGCAGCAGCAGACAACGGUCCUGUCCACGUCGGGCAGCUACCUGAGCCCUGGCGUGGCCUUCUCACCCUGCCACAUCCAGCAGAUCGGCGCCGUCAGCCUUAACGGGCUGCCUGCCACACCCAUCGCCCCUGCCUCUGGACUGCACUCGCCCCCGCUGCUUGGUUCCACUGCCGUGCCCGGGCUCGUGGCUCCCAUCACCAAUGGCUUCGCUGGCGUCGUGCCCUUCCCUGGGGGGCACCCUGCCCUAGAGACCGUGUAUGCCAAUGGCCUCGUGCCCUACCCAGCUCAGAGCCCGACCGUGGCCGAGACCCUCCAUCCUGCCUUUUCCGGCGUCCAGCAGUACACAGCCAUGUACCCCACCGCGGCCAUCACGCCCAUCGCGCACAGCGUCCCCCAGCCGCCGCCCCUCCUGCAGCAGCAGCAGCGAGAAGGUCCCGAAGGCUGUAACCUGUUUAUCUACCACCUCCCCCAGGAGUUUGGAGACACGGAGCUGACGCAGAUGUUCCUGCCCUUCGGCAAUAUCAUCUCCUCCAAGGUGUUUAUGGAUCGGGCCACCAACCAGAGCAAAUGUUUUGGCUUCGUGAGCUUUGACAACCCGGCCAGCGCGCAGACCGCCAUCCAGGCCAUGAACGGCUUUCAGAUCGGCAUGAAGAGACUCAAAGUGCAGCUGAAGCGGCCCAAAGACCCGGGACACCCCUACUGACCGCGCCCACAGCCGCCCGGAGGCUGCGGGCCUGGCCCAGGUGAGGGGCCUUCCCACCCCAGGAGGGCCUCCCGCUUCCAACCGACCCCGGACUUUUCCGUAAAUUACAACCAAGUUUGGACACCAGCCCCACCCCCUCCCGUCUCCCCUUGCCCCCCGCCCGCCCCCUAAUGUGAAACACUACUGCGGGCCACACAGAGUGGGAAGGGGGCUUCGUGGUCCGCCCCAGCUGGGGAGGGGGGCUCCUGAGUUGGGGGCCGAGGGCUUCACUGCCCCCACCCUUGGUGGCUUCCCCAAAUUAAAUCACAACUUUUCCUAUAUAUAUAUAUAUGCAUAUAUAUAUAGAGCUAUAGACAGUAUAUAUAUUUUUUGAGUAUAGAUCAUGGGACCAAACUUUUCCGACUUCCUUCCAUCCAAGAGAAGGUGACCCUGGCCCGGUCACUCAGCAGGGACAUAAGAAGGGCUGAGGAUGACCGGGCAGCCCAGUGUGUCCCCACCUCCCGCUGUCAUGUCAGACCAGGGCACGGAGAAGCACUGGGAAUCAUCAGCCAACGCGAUAUACCUCCAGGACAUUGGGCCCCUGCCACCGACGUUCUCGCAGGCCCUUGGGCUCGGCCAGCUCGAGUGUCCCUGGUCUUAGCUGCAGCUUCUGGAACCCCUACCCCCUCCCUCACCCCAGGGCCCUGCCUUCCCCGAUGUAGGCAAAGAAGAGACCCCCCUGGCCUCCCACCCCCACCCCCGUCAUAGCCUUACUCAUGUGACCAAUAGCCCUUAGCUUUCCGUCAGGGGCAGACAGGGUCGGGGGAGCCCCCCUGCCCCUCGCGCCCCCUCCCAAGGGCAGGCAGCCGCCCUCCCUGCCUUCGGAUCACCAGCCUGGAGUUCACGAUCUCAUGACCAAGAUCGCCACGCGCGUUGGACAAACCCAACCCGCUCUGGCCCAGCACCCCUUUACCAGAGAUACCUCUACAAAUAAUUUUUUUUUUUGAAUUUUGGUCUUUCUGAGAAGAUACAAAGAAGAAAAGAGAAAAAAAAAUGGGGAAAAAAAUCAGACAACAGUGGAUUUUUGUUUCCUAGUUGGGGCGGGGAGGGAGGUCUUGUGGGGCGCCUCUGUAUAGCUACUCAAACUGCGAAAACCCAUCUUGAAGCACAGAGUCAAGUUCGUUGGACGUCCAGUGGGGCCUCUUGCCAAAUGAGGCACCAGAGAACUUCGUAAGCUCAAGAAAAAAAAAAAAAUUUGUAAAGAAAAAACAGCCUUCCCUUUUGUUUCUACCAAAAUGUGUUGACUGACCCAGAAAAAAAAAAAAAAAGAAAAAAAAAAAAACCACAUAGCAAAAAAAAAAAAAAAAAAAAAAGGAAAAGAAAAAAAAAAUCUUAUGACCAACUUGUUUCGAUAUUCCAGAGUUUGAUAAUUGUUCCGAGACACUCUAGCGUGCCUGUGUCCUGUGCGUCUGCGUGUGCAAGCGUGUGCUCAGGGGCCACGAGGGGGCCUCGUCCGCGUCCCCGGCACCUGCCCAGCCCCGGGCCAGGCCUGCUUGGGAGAGCCUGCUGGCGUGCAGUGGCGUUGUGUCCUUCUGGUCCAUGUUUACUGGCUGUAAAUACCAUUUUUAUACUCCACAUCGAAGACCUACGUGAUUUGUACGAUGUACUUUAUUUCUGCUACGAGUAAUUUCAUGAAGUUUCAACUUGCAAACUGACUUUUGGAGACAAAUCGCCACACACACACACACACACACACACACACACACACACAGAAAAGGAAGACAAGAAAGGAACUUACAGGGAACUUUGGGUGGACUGGGUUUGCAUUUCUGGCUGGAGAGGUCCUUGGCACUGUGCUGUGUUUCAGGUGAGAAGCUGCAACCAUCAUCUUAAUGUCCAAACGCCUCUCUUUGGUCUGGAGAAACUGAAAGUUUAUUUAAUAAAAGUUUUACUUGCUAAA